UUAUAUAUAUAUUGUAGCACCGGCCAAUCAAAGAUCUCCCCCGCCCUCACCUGUGUAAAGCCACGCCCACAUGUAAACCCCAAGCGCAUAACAACGCUGCAUUCUAUAGUCUCAAAACUUGUCGUGCGGUUUAUUCGGACAUCAAUGUAAAGAUCAGAUGCCUCGGUGACCAAAUGCUGUCUGAAACGUUUGAAUGUCCAGGUUGUGUUGCAGGUCUUUGUAUAGACUGAAAUGGAGAAGAAAGACUUGAAUAAGUGGCCCGAGGGUGAUUCACGGCCAGCUUACCUUUCUGCUUCCAAAUGUAUAACAUUAGCCGCAAUACUGAUUCUUCUCAUCAUUGGGGCUGCUGUGGGUUUUAUGACAGCCUACUUAAUACAAGAGGAACAUUAUUUCAUGGAGACAGUGGAAUUGCAAGGACUCAGUUAUGAUUCAGACCUGCUAGAUAAAACAUCAGGAUUCUCUGUAGUUCUGACCUCGACUCUGAAAACAAAAAUCAAGAAUAUCUUUAGAGCCUCUGCAGUGGCAAAUCAUUUUACUGACUGUCAGAUAGUUGCGUAUGGGAAUAUCAACUCAAAUGUGAUGACCACUCUUCGUUUGGUCUUCCGGGUUUCUCAAGUCCAGGGGUACACGGAGAACUUCGUUCAAGACCUCCUUCGCACUGGAUUUAAGGCCAUGUUGAACGGGAAACCUAUCAUUGUCCCAGAAUACGGAGAGAUCAGUAGCAUCAUCCUUCUUGGGGCAAGUGGAAAGUCAUUCUAUGAGAUUGGCAAUGACAUAAGUAAAUGUCCCGAGAACACGUUCACUUGUGACAGUGGCGAAUGCAUCACAAAGCCAAAUCCAGAAUGCGACUUUAUAACCGAUUGUGUUGAUGGUUCAGAUGAAGCCUUUUGCUCCUGUGGAACACGUCCCGCCAUGGCUAACCGUGUUGUGGGUGGUGAAAACGCCCGUCACGGGGAGCUACCCUGGCAGGUCAGUCUCAGACUACGCGGCCGUCAUACAUGUGGUGCCUCCAUCGUCAACAAUCUCUGGCUUGUCAGUGCCGCUCAUUGUUUUGAAACAGAAAACAACCCAAAAGAUUGGACGGCUCUAGUGGGAGCCAGUCUAGUCAGUGGGGUGGAGGGAGAAGCCACCAUAGUAAACAUCAAGUCCCUGGUUGUCUCUCCGGUCUAUGAUCCCAUGACCACUGACAGUGAUGUGACCGUACUGGAGUUGGAAACGCCCUUGACGUUUAGUCAUUAUGUUCAGCCAGUCUGUAUCCCAUCAUCCUCUCACAUUUUCAGUCCUGGGCAGAACUGCAUCGUCUCUGGUUGGGGAGCUCUUUAUCAGUACACCAGUGAGGUGCCUUCUACAUUACAGAAGGCAAUCGUGAAGAUCAUUGACUCGAAAGUCUGCAACAAGACAUCUGUAUACAGAGGUGCACUCACUCAAAAUAUGAUGUGUGCUGGUUUUCUUCAAGGAAAGGUGGACUCUUGUCAGGGAGAUUCUGGGGGCCCUCUGGUAUGUGAGGUGGCCCCUGGACGCUUUUUCCUAGCGGGCGUGGUGAGCUGGGGAGUGGGAUGUGCACAGAUCAACAAGCCUGGGGUCUAUUCCCGCGUCACCAAACUCCGCAACUGGAUUCUGGGCUACACCAAAAUCGCACCAACAGUCCAAGUCGCUCCCACUGACCCUAGUGUCACAACCACUGCAGUUCACCUUGUUAAAGCUAUGAACACAUCCUCUGAGCUCGCCAGUAAUGAAUAUAAUCCUGCUUCUGGGAACUGCAGUGGUAAUUAUAACUGUGGCGGAGACAAGUGCAUCAGCAAGAUAAACCCAGAAUGCGACAGAGUCGUUGACUGCCCCAAUGAGGUUGAUGAGAAAAACUGUGACUGUGGGAAUCGUCCAGCCGUGGGACAAGGGAGGAUUAUCGGUGGCGUCUCUGCCCGGAGAGGUGAAUGGCCAUGGGUGGGCAGUCUGCAGUACCAACGCACUCACCGCUGUGGAGCUACGCUUAUCCACUGCAAAUGGCUCCUGACUGCUGCUCACUGCUUCAGAGGUGAGCUGAAUACUGCUAGUUGGACAGUAAGUCUUGGAUCAGUCAUUUGGUCUGGAGUUGGUGCUCUGGUUAUUCCAGCGCAAAGGAUCAUCUCUCAUCCUGCUUUCAAUAGCAGCACCAUGGACUUUGAUGUGGCAUUGGUGGAACUCUCCAUCCCCGCCCCCAAGUCCUACACCAUCCAGACUGUGUGUUUGCCCUCUCCCUGGCAUAGCUUCAUCAAAACUGUGGAAUGCUACAUCAUUGGAUGGGGCGCUGUGAAGGAGGACGGUAUGAUUACCAAUUUGCUGCAAAAAGCACAGGUUAGUAUCUUUGAUCGGUGGGACUGCCAGCGAGCUUAUGGUGGUGGACUUACCGACAACAUGAUGUGUGCUGGCUCUGUGGAGGGGAACAGGGACACAUGUUUGGGAGACUCAGGGGGCCCUCUGGUGUGCCGGGAACCCCAGGGCCGUUGGUUCCUGGCCGGGGUGACCAGCUGGGGUCACGGCUGUGGUCGAAUUGGCUUCCCGGGAGUUUACAUGCAGGUCACGUCUGUCAGAGAGUGGAUAUCUAUAUACCUCCCUUUUUAAAAAUAUGAUCCAGAAAUGUACUCCACCAU